UGGAUUUUGAUGAAUCAUUAUUCAGCGAAUCAGAUGUUUCUAACGAUUUUGACGAAAUAAAAUAAUCAAACGCAUGUCAAGGCUUGUACAGCGGCAGGCGCAUGAUGAACUCCUGUCGGCAAAUCGGACACGCCUUGCACUGGGCGCUGCAACCUGUGCAGAACAUGUGACCGCAAGGGACAAACGCGCAGUCGACGGCGGUCGUCGUGCAAAUGACGCAGUUCCAGCUGUCGAUCACGCGCUGUUUCUCUUCCAAUACCUUGUACACGCGUGAGACGGCCUCCCGGCAAUGAUCGCUGACAAGCAAACACUUGGCCUGAAGCACCGAACACUCUUUCCUCCACUCCUCCGCCAUGUCGUCUUCUGCGCGUUUCAAUCGAUCGUGUGCUAUGAGCAGCUCAUCCUUGAGCCGUCGAUUCUCCUGUCGCAAUUGUUCGACUUCAUCGUCACGUGCUGUGUUGGAGGUACAUGCCUUCAUCUCUCUGUCUUCAAUGACACGGUAAUGUGGCACAUAUUCGUCCAUAUCACCUGGGAGGCCUUGAUAAUGUACCAGGUAUUCGGUGGCCGUCACCUGCACAACGCGUGCCUUCCGGAGAGAGUGCCCGCGAUACACUUUGACGUAGUCGUUCACGCGGAAUCGGGGUGUGAGCCCGACGUCCUUCAACGACCUUCGCAGGCCACCGCUGCAGCUGUUCGUGCUCUCCGAUGUCAUCUUGGCUUCCAGGCGUAGCUUCUCCACUGCCUUGGCCAGAUCUCCAUGCUUCUGAAGCGACGUCUUGAGCAGCGGCUGCAUCAUCAUCGUGAUCCG